GACACUGUGUACCAAAGAAAUGGUGAUGGAGAAGCCCAGUCCCCUGCUCGUAGGGCGGGAGUUCGUGAGACAGUACUACACUCUGCUAAAUAAAGCUCCUGACUUCUUGCACAGGUUUUAUGGCAGGAAUUCUUCUUACGUCCAUGGAGGACUGGACGCCAGUGGGAAACCGCAGGAAGCAGUGUAUGGUCAAGCUGAGAUACACAAGAAAGUGAUGUCAUUACAGUUCAGCGAAUGCCACACCAAGAUUCGUCACGUGGAUGCUCACGCUACCCUGAGUGAUGGGGUGGUUGUGCAAGUAAUGGGGGAGCUGUCAAACAACGGGCAGCCGAUGAGGAAGUUCAUGCAGACUUUUGUGCUUGCUCCAGAAGGUUCUGUUCCAAACAAGUUCUAUGUCCACAAUGAUAUCUUCAGAUAUGAAGAUGAAGUAUUUGGGGAUUCAGAAGGAGAACUUGAUGAAGAGUCUGAGGAAGAGGUGGAAGAGGAGCAGGAGGAGAGACAACCAUCACCUGAACCUGUGCAAGAGAAUGCAAGCAGUACUUACUAUGAAAACCAUCCUGUAACCAAUGGGAUAGAGGAGGCACUAGAAGAAUCAUCUCACGAACCUGAGCCAGAAUUGGAAUCUGAAACGAAAACCGAGGAGCUGAAAGCUGAAGUUGAAGAGAAGACCCUUGAGGAGCUAGAAGAGAAGUCUCCAUCUCCACCUCCUGUAGAACCUGUUUCACUACCACAAGAACCACCAAAGGCUUUCUCUUGGGCUUCAGUGACCAGUAAAAACCUGCCUCCUAGUGGUACUGUUUCUUCCUCUGGAAUUCCACCCCAUGUUAAAGCACCAGUCUCACAGCCAAGAGUUGAAACUAAACCUGAAGCCCAGUCUCAACCUCCUCGUGUACGUGAACAGCGUCCCAGGGAAAGACCGGGUUUUCCGCCCCGAGGACCUCGGCCAGGUAAUGUGGAACAGCUUGUGUGUCUGCUUGGGCCUAGUUAA